AUGGCCGACAAACUCCGCGCACAGCAACAACUCGAAGCCUUACAGGCACGCUACAUCGGUAUCGGGUCCGCCGACACGACGAAACACGAAUGGACGUCGAACAUCGCACGCGACUCGCUCGCGAGCUACAUUGGACACCCGCCUCUGCUGCAGUACAUGAGCAUUGGACUAGGACAGCCGCGGGAGAAGACGAGGGUGCAGCUGCUGGAGCGCAUGAUUAGGCCUGUGGGGCCGCCGCCUGAGCAACAAGAUUGAUGCAUGUUCGGGAGCCUGCUAUCGUAGUCUGACUUGAGCCAACGAAGCAGGCAGGGUGAGGUAUCAAGCAUACAUGGGAUCAGGAUGGUUUAUCUGGGCGCAAGGAGUCAAGGGCUGGCGUUACUGGUC